AUGAGUGAUGAGCGGCAGCUUCCUGGCAGUGCAGUGGGCUGGCUGGCAUGCGGGGGCCUCUCCCUGCUGGCCAACGCCUGGGGCAUCCUCAGCAUUGGUGCCAAGCAGAAGAAGUGGAAGCCCCUGGAGUUCCUGCUGUGCACGCUCUCGGCCACCCACAUGCUUAACGUGGCCGUGCCCAUUGCCACCUACUCUGUGGUGCAGCUGCGGCGGCAGCACCCCGACUUUGAGUGGAAUGAGGGGCUCUGCAAGGUCUUCGUGUCCACGUUCUACACCCUCACCCUGGCCACCUGCUUCUCCGUCACCUCCCUCUCCUACCACCGCAUGUGGAUGGUCUGCUGGCCUGUCAACUACCGGCUGAGCAAUGCCAAGAAGCAGGCGGUGCACACAGUCAUGGGCAUCUGGAUGGUGUCCUUCAUCCUGUCGGCCCUGCCCGCUGUUGGCUGGCAUGACACCAGUGAACGCUUCUACACCCAUGGUUGCCGCUUCAUCGUGGCUGAGAUCGGCCUGGGCUUCGGCGUCUGCUUCCUGCUGCUGGUGGGUGGCAGUGUGGCCAUGGGCGUGGUCUGCACAGCCAUCGCCCUCUUCCAGACGCUGGCCGUGCAGGUGGGGCGCCGGGCCGACCGCCGCGCCUUCACCGUACCCACCAUCAUAGUGGAGGAUGCGCAGGGCAAGCGUCGCUCCUCCAUCGACGGCUCGGAGCCCGCCAGAACCUCCCUGCAGAUCACGGGCCUCGUGACCACCAUAGUCUUCAUCUACGACUGCCUCAUGGGCUUCCCUGUGCUGGUGGUGAGCUUCAGCAGCCUGCGGGCCAACACCUCAGCACCGUGGAUGGCGCUCUGCGUGCUGUGGUGCUCCGUGGCCCAGGCCUUGCUGCUGCCUGUGUUCCUCUGGGCCUGCGACCGCUACCGGGCCAACCUCAAGGCUGUCCGGGAGAAGUGCAUGGCCCUCAUGGCCAACGACGAGGACUCCGAUGACGAGACCAGCCUGGAAGGUGGCGUCUCCCCAGACCUGGUGUUGGAGCGCUCCCUGGACUACAGCUAUGGAGGUGACUUUGUGGCCCUAGACAGGAUGGCCAAGUAUGAGAUGUCUGCCCUGGAGGGGGGCCUGCCUCAGCUCUACCCACUUCGGCCCUUGCAGGAGGACAAGAUGCAAUAUCUGCAGGUCCCACCCACACGGCGCUUCUCCCACGACGACGCGGAUGUGUGGGCUGCCGUCCCGCUGCCCGCCUUCCUGCCGCGCUGGGGCUCCGGUGAGGACCUGGCUGCCCUGGCGCACCUGGUGCUGCCUGCUGGGCCCGAGCGGCGCCGCGCCAGCCUCCUGGCCUUCAUGGAGGACGCUCCCCCAUCGCGCCCCCGCCGCCGCUCGGCGGAGAGCCUGCUGUCGCUGCGGCCCCGGGCUCUGGAUGGCGGCCCGCGGCGGGCCUGCGACUCACCGCCUGGCAGCCCCGGGCCCGGCCCCCGCUCCGCCUCGGCCUCGCUGCUGCCAGACGGCUUCGCCCUGACCGCCUUCGAGUGCGAGCCACAGGCCCUGCGCCGCCCGCCCGGACCCUUCCCCGCUGCGCCAGACGCCGCCGACGGCACCGACCCCGGAGAGGCCCCGACGCCCCCAGGCAGCGCCCAGCGGAGCCCCGGGCCGCGCCCUGCUGCGCACGUGCACGGCGGUCCCCUGCGCCCGGGCCUGAGCGCGUCGUGGGGCGAGCCCGGGGGGCUUCGCGCGGCGGGCGGUGGCGGCAGCACCAGCAGCUUCCUGAGCUCGCCCUCUGAGUCCUCGGGCUACGCCACGCUCCACUCGGACUCCCUGGGUUCGGCGUCCUAGGACAACCGGCGCCUCCCCAUGGACGCAGGCAGGCUGAGCCGCUGGUGGGGGUCACACCACCAAAGACGCCGCCUCCGCCCCACGCGCAGACACAUGCCACCCCUUACAGGGGUGAGAGGGCAUUGGCCUCGGUGUUUGUCUUCCGGCUCCUCCCAGCUGGCUUUGUCCCGAGGGUGGCAGCUGCCCCGGACUACUGCACUGGGCACGGCAUCACCGGAGCUGAGUGAGGCCGCCACUGGAUAACUGAGUGACGUUCCAGGCUUGGGUAGUGAGCGACAUGCACGUCCAGCUGCGCCAUCGGCAGCCCUGGGUAACAGGACUGGGGGAGUAGGGAACUCUGACACGGCCAUCUGGGGACCGAGCAAAACUCUGCCUUGGAGGGGCUGAGCUGGGGCCACUGACCGGCCCAGGCUUUCCACCACACUGCACGUAACUGCCACACCCAGGGAAUGGGUGGGUGGGGGGUACAGAAGGUCUCUAAGCACAGGGGUCUUCAGAACCCCAACAGGCUCUGAUCAGGUCCUGUCCUGCCUCAGUUUCCUCAUCUGUGAUGAGCAGGUGACAUUAACUCUCAGGGCUGUUUGAAGUCUCUUGGUCAUGGACCUUGGCCACUGAGUGGCCCAGGUGUGAGAGGUAGUCUAGGGCCCGCUGUGGCCUUUGCAGAGGUUCAUUUUCAGCAUGUGGCCUGGUGUGGCCCCCCCCAGGCUUGAGGCCUCUCACUCUAUGACCCCCUGCCCCCUUGGGAACCCACACUCCACCCCAGCUAAGCACAACACACUGCACCACCGACAUUGGCACCUCAGCCACCUUGACCACCAUUAGUGUCCCUACCCUCAUUACUCUGCCGUGGUGGCCUGUCCCCACCACAUCAGCACUGCUACUCCCACCCCUGUGGCUCCCACCAUGACACUAGAAGGUGCAGGUGGAGAACACGAAGGCAGCAGGGCCUGGGCUUCUGUGUCCCCACUUCAUCCACAGCCGCACUCCCCACCUGUGCAGGCCUGGCCAGGAAGGAAUCCUGGCAGAGGCUUCCAGGUUCUCAGCUCAAGACCUGGCCCCAGGCAAGCGUCCAACCCCUGGGAGCAAUGCAUUUCUUUGCCUUCCUCCUGGGCAGACCCCUUACAGGCCUGGGCAUUGCCAUGGACCCUGCAUCUUCCCAGGCUAAGGAGAGCCAGGAACAGUUACGACUGAGCUGGUGAAAUAGGGCAGAUACAAAGGCUGUGUCCUUCAGACACUUACCCCUAUACAGUGGCCCUUCAACGUGAGGACCUAAGGCAGUUGCCAGGUUCAGCUUAGAGCCCGCCUGUGCCCAAUUUCCUCUGGUCCUCAGGUGGCCAAGCCCAUCUUGUCACCCUCCAGAUAGGGUCCCACUCCCAGAAGCAGCUGUUGGGGUGGGGUGGGGAGCUGCCUUAGUCUGUCUCUGCUUCAAAGGGCCCUCUGGUGCCUGGCUGUGGGGUAACUGGGGGUAUGAGCUGGCCACAGGUGAACAAGGCAGGGAACUGCAAUCCAGCCCUGGCCACAGGAGGGGCUGUCUGUGGCCAAUGCUGAUGUGCCUUCAAGGACUAACGUCAUGUAGGGGCAGACGUCACCAGCUAGCCAUCGUCUCCUCUGGAGGUCAUCUGUCCACUUGUCACCUUAGGUUUUCGCUCAUUUGUCACUUUAGGUUUUUGCUCCGUGUUUCAUAUCCAACGGCAAUACUUGCGGGGGACAGAGUCCUCCAAAUCGCUCCAGUCCUGCAGUUUUUACAAAAAUAACGGGGAGGGCCCCAAGUGGAGGACCCUGGGCCUGGAGCCCUCUCCCACACUUUGUCCAGCCUCCAGGCCUGUUUGCUGCGUUUCUAAGGAACUUGACCCUGGCUAACAGGGGAGGGAGCUGUCUUCAUAGCACACCCAGAGCCAGGGAUUCCUUUGUAGUUUUUUCUUGACAAUUGAGUAUUUCUCUUCUGUACAGGACCCAAUAAAAACUUCCUUACGAUUUGCA